ACAACAGAUUCGAAAAUGUUUCGUGCAGUUUGUUUUUGUUCCCUUUUACUCGCUACUGGUCUCGUCCAUGGCGAGAUCAAAAAUAAAGGAUGGUGGAAGAACGCCGUAUUCUAUCAAAUUUAUCCACGGAGUUUUAUGGAUUCGAAUGAUGAUGGAGUCGGUGAUCUAAAAGGUAUUACAUCGAAAUUGGAGCAUUUCGUUGACGCUGGAGUUCGAGGAAUAUGGCUUUCACCUAUUUAUGCGAGUCCAAUGGUUGAUUUUGGUUACGAUAUAUCAGAUUUCAAAGCCAUACAUCCAGAGUUUGGUACGAUGGAGGAUUUUGAAGCAUUGGUAGAAAAAUCGAAACGACUUGGAUUAAAAGUAAUUCUCGAUCUCGUACCAAAUCAUACAUCCGACAAGCAUGAGUGGUUCCAAAAGUUUCUCGCAGGGGAGAAGAAAUAUAAAGAUUAUUAUGUUUGGAGAAAAGGACGAAAGGAUGAUGGAGUUACUCCACCGAACAAUUGGAUAAGCCUGUUCAGUGGUCCUGCUUGGACCUACAAUGCAACGUUGAAGGAAUGGUAUCUACAUCAAUUUGAGUACAGACAACCAGAUUUAAAUUACAGUAAUAAAGAAGUGCAAGCCGAGAUGGAAGACGUCAUUCUAUUUUGGUUACGUAAAGGCAUAGAUGGUUUUCGAAUAGAUGCCGUUCCACAUCUCUUCGAAAGAGAAGAUCUCCAUGAUGAACCCAGAAGUUCCGAUCCAAAUGCUACCGAUCGUGAUUACACUUAUUUGGAUCACAUUUAUACCAAAGACGAUCCACGAACCUAUGAACUUGUAAAAAGCUGGAGAAAGAUUCUUGAUGAUUAUUCCGAUGCCAAUAACGAGGAUGAGAAGGUGAUGAUGACCGAAGCUUACACUUCUUUAGAAAAUACUACGAAAUAUUAUCAGUACGGUUCUCACAUACCAUUCAAUUUCAAAUUGAUCACCGAUGUUAAUCACAAUUCGAGCGCAUCCGAUUUUAAGAGGAUCAUUGAAGCAUGGAUAGCUAAAACUCCAAAGAAUGGAAGUGCUAAUUGGGUGUUGGGAAAUCACGAUCGUAGUCGUACCGCGUCACGUUAUCCAAAUAGAGAAGUCCAAAUGAUUAUGCUACCAAUGAUCUUACCUGGUGUUGCCGUUACUUAUUAUGGAGAAGAAAUUGGAAUGGUUGAUAAGAGUGAUAUUUCGUGGGAAGACACACAAGAUCCGCAAGCUUGUAACGCCGGAAAGGAUAAAUAUCGAAAUCGAUCUCGUGAUCCAAAUCGCACACCUUUCCAAUGGAGCUAUGUUUCAAAUGCUGGAUUUAGUAACGGAAAUCGAACGUGGCUUCCGGUUCAUGAAAAUUAUAAAGUAUUGAAUUUGUUAGAUCAAACUAAUUCUUCACAACAGUCAGUUUAUAAAAUCUAUCGAUCUUUGAUUCGAUUGCGGAACACAUCGCUCGCACUUCAAGAAGGUGAUUUGAAAAUGAAGGUAGUGAAAUUCCAUACUGAUUAUUGUUACAACUGCGAAUUGUUAGUUAUCAUUCGAGAAGUAUCUGGAGAGAUAAUGUCUCUCGUAAUGAGUUUUUCUCCAGCCAUACAAAUUCGCGUCGAUUUGAGGGAUAUCAUGCCUCUUUACGACAAUAUAUAUGUUGAAGUUGAUUCCUUUGCUUUGAAGAGAUAUAAAUUAUAUUCCAACGUUAUAUAUGUUAAUCCUUGGGAAGGCAUUGUCUUAUCAUCUAGUAAUUAGAUUUAAUACCGACAAAUAGCAGUAGAAUUUGGAGAUAUGUACAAUGAUUUUAAAUAUAUUAUUGAAUGUAUAUUUGUUUUUUUCUGUUUCUUGUUAAUAAAAUCUCUUUAUGAAUUUA